AUGGUUGUGUUCGCGCCUCCGCCAAGUCUAAAAGAGGCGGAAGCGGCCACUAGUGAUUCGAAGGAUGCUCUAGAAAAAGUUUAUCUGUCUCUGUCACCUCGUGCUAAAACUGAAUCUGGUGGUUCAUUUGGUAUUGGAAGUGGUGAAACGCACGCAAUGGCAGCGAUUGUAUUCCUCAAUGAAAGUUCUGACGCACAGUCUGUUGUUGCCUUUCUUGUUUCAGAUCCAAAACUCUGGGAUGCUUUUCGGAAUAAUGUGGCAGUUCAGAAGUUCAUAAAGUCUCGAAAGACCAAUGUCGAGUUACAGGAGGUCCCUGAGUUGUCUAAUGAUGCAAGUGAAACUAUAAAGUCUUAG